CACACAUCAGUAGCUGUAGUUGUUUACAUCUGCGUUAGGAUAAGGUCGUUGCCUUUAAGUUCCCCCCUUUUAAUAUUAUCUGCAUUUACCUAUGUUUUGUUAACUGAGGGGCCAAAGAUGUGGAAAUGGAGGGCAUUGAAUACAGCACAGAGCUUUUUGAGAGCCUGUAUGAAGUGUACGAGGAGAUAGGAAGUGGCCAGUUUGCUGUAGUGCGUCGAUAAUAGACCAAGUCCACAAGAACUGAAUAUGCUGCCAAAUAACUUCGAAAGCGACGUGUGGCAACUUCCCGGAGGGGUGUUCCUCUGGAAGCUAUUGCCCGGGAAGUACUCGUUCUUCAGAUGAUUGACAAUCAUGAAAAUAUCAUAUCCCUUCACCAAGUGUUCGAUAAUGGUCAACAUGUUAUACUUGUCCUGGAGUUGGUCCGUGGGGGCGAGCUCUUCGAACACAUUAGCGAGAGAGAGCGUUUGUCAGAAGAGGAGGCGUCUGCGUUUCUGCGGCAGAUAUUACAGGGAGUCAGGCACAUGCAUUCCAAAAGUAUAGCUCAUUUAGAUUUAAAGGAAAAUGAAUUUUUUUCUGGGACUUCGGAUCUAGCCAAGGAUUUCAUCUCUCACCUGUUAGUGAAGGAUGCAAGAAAAAGAUUGACAGUGGCAGAAUCUCUUGCACACCCAUGGAUGGCCCCUCAGUCCCUAGAACAAGAAGAGAAGCGUCGUGAUGCUCAAACAAACAUGGAUAACUUUAAGUCUUACCAAGCUAGACGUAGAUGGAAGCAUUCAUUGAAAGUUGUUACACUCUGCAAUCGUCUCUCCAGAAGUGCCAAAUUAAGAAGUCAGAGUGCAGAACUUCUUGAUGCCAAGUCAAGUGCCAUUACAUUGCAAGAGGAUAAGGAUGCUAGUUUUGUAUUAUCUGCAAUUGUGGCUGCCGUGGAAGAGGGCAACUUGCCUGGGUUGGAAAAGCUGUUUAGCGUCGCACAAAACAUCGACGUGAACAUGGCCAACAAGCAUGGCGAGAGCGCCGUUCACCUUUCCUGUGGUCUGGGCCAGUUGGAGGCUCUGAAAUUUCUGGUAAAGAAAGGUGGUGCUCUAGAUGCCACUGACGCCCAGGGAGAUACUCCGCUUCACUGGGCUGCCAGGCAGGGCCAUGCUCAAGUCAUUGCUUUUCUCAUAGAACAAGGAGCACAAAUUAAUGCUCAAAAUAAGAAUGGGGAAUCGUGUCUUCAUGUUGCGUGCCGCUAUGGCCACACAACUGUCGUUCAAAACCUGUGCCUUUGUAACAUGAAUAUUGACCUUCAGGAUGAUCACGGAGAGACAGCGCUGCACAUCGCCGUUUGGCACGGCUUCCCACGUAUUGUCCAUCACCUUUGCUCUGCAUCGGCAAACACAGAACUCACUGAUAAGGAAAUCCAGACCCCACUACACAUAGCUAGUGGUCGGGGCCAUGUCGAGUGUGUUCGGGGAUUGGUUGGAGCUGGAGCCUGCGUGGAUGCUCAGGAUGGCCAUGGAGCCACGCCACUACAUCAUGCAUUGGCUCGCCACCACACCCAGGCUGCCAUGAUUCUCCUGCAUGCUGGUGCUAACACAGACAUAACAGAUGAUAUGGGAGAAGCUCCAAUACAUAUUGUUGCAAGAGAGGGGCUUUUAGCAUUGGCUCAGACACUUUGUGCCUUCGGGUGUAGUGUAGAUGUGCCUAACAAGGCUGGCCUUUACCCACUCCAUUUAGCAGCUAAGCAUGGCCACACGGAAGUUGUCAGGUGCUUGUGUCUAGCAGGUUGCACUGUAGAACAAAAGAGUCGCGAUGGUAUCCUUGCAGAGGUAUCUGCUAUGGCACAAGGUUAUGAUGAUAUUGCUGAUCUGCUGAAUAAGCUUCGAGGUGAGCAGCAGAGAGAAGACUACAUCCAACAACUUAUUCCAAGUCCCUCAUCUAUUCCAAGAAUCAAAGUGAAGAUCUUUGGUCAGUCAGGCUCAGGGAAAACGGCGCUGGUAGAAACACUCAAGACAGGGUACUUUUCUUCUUUCUUUAGGAGAAGUAAAAGCAGCACCUCUACUACUUCGAUUGGAUCAAUUGGGAAGAGUUCUUCUGUCAUGAAGGGCCAUUAUGAAAUGGAGUCCCCUUUGAGCUCUCGGCAGAAUUCCCUUACAUUUGAGCCUUGUGAAAACUACACAAAGGGCAUAGAUGUACAACAGGUCAACAUAUCAGGUGUUGGAGAAUUAUCGUUAUGGGAGUUUUCUGGUCAUGAGGCCUACUUCCCUGUGUAUGACCACUUCAUUGGAAACACUUCAUGUGCCCACCUCAUUGUCUUCUCUCUCAAUCAGCCUUUUGAUGUUCAGCUUCAACAGUGUUCGUUUUGGUUAUCAUUUUUACAAGCCCGUAUCCCACCAAUGGAGCCUCUAAACUUCAGAGGUAAACCCAGCAAAGCUGCUAAGGUGGCUCUAGUCGGAACACAUGCAGACUCUGCGCAGUGUCAUCGCAAUGCCCAGGGAGAUUUUGUUGCCCCGCAAGUUCACUUACUUCAGGAAAAGUUACUAAAUCUUUUUGGCGAUGUAUUUGAACUUCAUGAUAUCGUUUAUGUGAUGGAUGCCACAGCCCCUGGGUCGAAUGCUGUUCGUGCCAUCAAGCAAUACUUAGCAGAUUGCAAAGCUAAAGUUACGCAGGGCUGGAGUGGAGCCAGUGUGGCGUAUGCUGUUGGAGCGGCUGUUAGCGGUGACGGGUAUACGAUUCUUCAACCUGACGCGUGUGAGGGUGUACCACGAGUUACAGGUUUUCUUGGUGCAGUGGUUAACACCUUAGCAGAGUGGCGGACAUCUUUAGGGGAGUUCCCAGUUGUCUCUUGGCCUCAGUUUGUUGAUGUAACUCAUCAAAGAGUAAAUCCAUUAGCUGGAGAGGAGCAUUUACGUGAAGUGGUGCAGCAAUUGCAAUUGAUGGGAGAGGUGGUCUACCUAAAAGCAGAUGCUCAAGAUCUUGUAGUGAUAGACCCAGCAUGGCUCACUCAUCAGCAGUUAGGUCAUCUCCUGUCUACUCAGUAUGCCUUGCAGGCUAGAGUAACAGGGUGCUACACUGUGGAUGAUUUUCAAAUGAGCUUCCCAGAAUGUGACGCAUUAGAUCUUUUACAAGUUCUCGAGGCAUUGCAUCUCUGUACACAGUGCGAUAACGACGGAGAGAUUGAAUACGAGUUUCCAUGCUUCAACCAAGUGGAAACCUUAGAUGGCCUGUGGGAAAAAGUAGAUCCACGUUAUAUGGAGGGUGUAUAUGGUGGUGUCAGAUUAAGAUCUCCUGCGCCUACCCAGUAUAUUCUUCCUCCCAUAUACGUUCGGAUGCAGGUACAGCUUAGAAGAUCAUGGCAAGAGUAUCCUGAAAGAGAUACAGACCUGUACCAGUGGUGUGGAGGAUCUAAAUUCUGUUCAGGGCCCUUAGAAGCACUUCUUACACUUGAAGAAGGUGGGGAAGCUGUGGAAGUCAAAGUUCGUGGCCCACCUGAGUCUGGUCAUGUUGCAUUUUUCUUUAUGGAAGAUCUUUUAGCCAUGAUUGACCAGGUAUUAGUUGAGAUGUGCCCUGGACUGGUGCUAGAGAAACAUGUCUUGAGUGCAGAACAACUGAAGGCGCACUCAUCAACUGUGUAUGCGUGGCCACCAGCUGAUAUAUAUACUGCAUUGCUCAAUGGUGGUGUGAAGGCAUCUCUUCUUAAUCCAUUAACAAACAAGGAAGAACCUUUUACCCAGCUAGUCUGUUUUGGAUCACAAGAUGUCCUUUCGAGUUUGGUUGUUGGAGGUGACAUUCACAUAUCAAGUUUGUGUACGGUAACAGUUCAACGUUUGGCUGCAGUCAUGGAUCCCCCACACCCCCGUGGGUCAGAUUGGUGUGUCAUGGCAAUAAAGCUAGGAAUGCAGCAGCUGUUGCCAUCAGUAGAUACCCAAGUUAGUUCAACGCAGCGUUCUCCUACUGCAACCUUAUUAAAUUCAUGGGGCCAAAGUCCUACAGCUACUUUAGGUUUGUUGGUUGGAGAGCUCCGUGGAAUGGAGCGUGAAGAUGCGGCUGUCAUUGUGAUGUGUGGUGCUCCUCUUUAUCAGUUAGCAGCUCCUGAUGAAGAUGCAACUUCUGAUUCUCCACCAAUUUCUUCCACUUCAGCUACUUCUACUUCUAAUCUCUCAAGAUGAGCAAAAGCUCGUCGGGACAAUCGGUAGACUUUAGUGUCUGCAUACUAGGUCAUUUUUUGUACGUUACUGUAUUUUUUUCAUACCAGUCAUACCUUAUCAUUUCUUUUCCUAUAUGUACAUAGAUAUGAAUUAAUAACAGUGUAAGUUUUAGCAUUUUUUAUUCCAAAACCCAGUUUAUUUAAGUGUAGUGCAAGGUAUCUGAUGUAGGUGAAGUCUUCAUUGGUAAAUCUUCCAAUUGUUAGGCUGUAGAUAUGAAAUUUCCUUAAAAAGCCUGUUUGGCAUUCUUAUAUAAUUUAAAAAAAGUGUGAAAAACUUAGUAAAUCAGCUACUGAUAAUUUUGGCUGUUCGAAGUUUUUAUCAAGUGCAAUUAUAUAGUCUUCAUUAGUGGGAGUGAUAUUGUAGCUGUUGGGUGUAACUGUUAUUUAAUUUGUGUGAAAUUUGGUUUAUCAGUUUUCUGUGUCCAGAUAAUUAUUAUUCUGUAUAUAUACAAAACUGGCAAAAUCAGGUAGGUGUAUGUUCUUAAAAACUUUUUGUUGUGCUGUCAAGGGUGCAAAACAAAACCCUGUUUUGUUUAAUCUCCCUGCUGGUCAAACCUGAUCCAUUAAAUUUGCCUUUUUAAGUCUUUUUUCUAUCCAUUGUCUCAACAGUUGAUUUCAACUUACAAGUGAACAUUACUUCAUUAAAGAAGUAUUGGGGUGAUUGACUGAUAAGGUGUAAACAGAACUUGUGAUAAUAGUUAGUAGCCAAAAUUUGCUGAUAGUUUAGAUAUCCUUAUGUUAGUGGUUAUCUUUCUCUCUCUUUCUUCAGGGCAAUCCAUAAUAUGUUGUGGUUCUCGUUUGUUUGGGAAGCAUCUUAAAAUUAUGUCAAGUAUGAUUAGAGUAUUUUUCUUAUUUUUUUACAUAAACAAUAACUAUGCUUCAAGGUGCAGUUUUGCAUGGGCUCCACAUGCCUAAAACACAUUUUAAUUUUAUUACUUGCCUGAGAGUCAUUUUGAAUCGGUGUAAUGGUUUUUGUGUGAUAGUUUGAUUUUAUGGGUCUUUUAGUUUUGAGGUGCUUUGUAAACUGAAAAUACUGUUGUAAACAUGUUUCAGUUGAAGGAACCAUCAAGAUGUUAGAAAAUUUUGGACAUUUUAAAUUUGUAAAUGAAAUGUGAUUUUGAGUGCUUUUGGUACAGACUGCUAUGAAGGGAAGUACGUAUGCAAUGGACAGGGAAAAGGAAUUUGUAAACUUUUAUAUCUGCUGCAAGUGUAGUCAACUUGUUGAUGAAAGCUGUGUGAAAUAAGUGCUUAUGUGUGAUAUUUUAAAUUGUAAUAAAGCCGGAACAUUUUAUAACAAUUUUUACCUGUGCCAAAAUUCUUAUUGCUGAAAACAUUUUAUGAAGGCUGUUGCUGUUGAGUGUCGUAUUCAGCAAUGUUCAAAUUCUAUCCAUUAAUGAUGAAAAAAGCCAUUUACCAUUAGUAUAUUUUACAAAAUAUACAGCAACUUAUUUUGAGACAUCCUGUGAUUAACAUCCAUGUAGCAUGUACUAUUAUAAUAUAACCUUUUGUAGGGCAACAUGUAAUAGGAUUUCAUAGUCUUAAAAAGCCUUCCUUUUUUAUUCUGCCAUCAAAAAGCAAUUAUUCAGUCUCCAAAGUACCAUAAGGGUAUUUGUACGCUAAGCAGUUUCCUUCCUGCAGCUUACCAAUUACAUACAAGAGUUAGGAGUUUACGACAUACCAGACUAGAGGUUUCAAACGUUUUUGUAAGUUUUCUUAUCUGCUGCACCUCUUUGGGUAGUAGUGUCGUUGACAGAAUGGGACAGGGAGAUAAAAAGGGCUUCUUAAAUUGCUGUUAUCACUGUUGUUAUAUGAUCUGGAAAUAGAGGAAAAAAGUGACUUAAAAAAAAUACUUAUUGUCAAAUGUGUUUUUAGCACCUCAAGGUAAUAAAUACGUACUAGUUUAGAUUAUAUAUAAAUAAUAGUAACAUGCUAAAAUUAUCUUUUCUCAAUGAAACAUUCCUGUAAAUGUAUUGUUGGGUGCACCUAAUUGUAAAUGGUCCAUUCAGUUACUCAUAAAGGGGAAAAUUCAGGAUAACUUUUGUAGAAGUUACUAGUUUUUUGACAAAAGAUGGAUUGAAAACAGUAAUAGCAGAAAAAUAUUUUACUGUGAUUAAAAACUGAUUACAAAUAACAAAUUUGACAAUUGUCCUGAAAUAGUUUAAGUGUAGCAUUGUAUUCAUGGAGAAAUAAUUUAUUUGUAUUUAAACAAAUUUCCCUUGAAGAUGGAUUUUUUUUCACGUUUAGUAGUAUAAACGUAUAAGGAAAUUAUUAUGCCUAAAUGUACAGAUUUAAAUGUUUAUUGAAGUCUUUUGCAUUGCUGAGGGUUUUCUGUGGUAUUGCUGCACAAAUAACUUUUCAUAAACAAGUACUUUAUUUUUAACUUCCUUCUUUCAUUUCUUGAUAUAUGUUCUGCAACAUUUCCUUUAUUUCCUGAUAAAUGUUAUGCAACAUAAGAGUUUCUUCAUGAACUUCAAGGAAUGUUUUUAAUAGUCUGUAAUGACUGAUUCUAGAGCCUUACAAAAUAUUAGUUGAUUGUUCAUGUGACAAACGCAUUAAGAGAAGCCAGGCAUUUACCAGAGGAAAUAACUUAUGUUAAAAAAUCUCAGAGCCUUUUGAGGCAUUUGGCAAUGCAGAAAUGGAAAAAUUUGUAAGCCUUUUAAAACAAAAACCAUAUAUGUAGCAUAAUAGCUACUAUUAACCCUUUGAGAUUCUAGGAGGGGUAAGGGUCCCCCGAAUUAUUAAGUGGCAAAUCACACACUGAUCUUUUAUGAGCAUGCCAGGUAAUGUAUUUUUAAAGGUGUAAUAUGUGAAUACUUUUACUGUAAUGUUCAAAAUUAGAUCAAAAUAGCAGUAAAAAGUCAAAAUGAUGAAUUGAAGCAAGGCGCAAAUUGUUUAUGGAUGACAUCAUUUGCCAUCAUAAGAAUCUCAAGGGUUGCUUAACAAUCUACAGGACUGUAAAUGAUGUCAUCAGAAUCUCAAAGGGUUAAAACUACAAGAGUGUUUCCUAAGUAAAAGCGGAAUGAUUCAGCUCUUAGCUGGAUAUGACGUAUUAAGUUCAUUAGGAUUUGAAUGAUGUCCCUGUCUUUGUAAAAGUACUGAAUGGAAACAUCAUUUCAUGUGUUUCUGGCAUAUAAUAGUGGUUUUAUAGCCACAUAUUUAAUGUACACCUUUCCAGCAUACCAGAACUACGUACGUAUAUAUAAAGAUGACGGGGAGAAAAAAAAAAUACUACUACAAAUGAAGCUGUUUUGGAGUGCCAAAAUUUUCAGUAACAAGCUACCUUGUUUGGAACUUCUCAUUGUUCAUCUUGAGAAAAAUGUGCACAGCCAUCUCUCUCAUGCUUUGCAUCAUUUCAAACUGAAAUGUUUGCGGAUGAGUGUUGUGUGACAUGUACUUUGUUUCAAAGAGGGUUUUUGUAAUUUUCAAGUGGAAAGUAAAUUAUUACAUCUAUCAUAUACAUUUCUCUUCUUUAAAUUUAUUACAAACAAUCUUACCUGAGCUGUUCAUUUUUAAAUCUCUCCUUUUAUAAUGAUAAAAGUAUAAUGACAGGUAAAUGACAUGACAGCAACUGGCAAUUUUUCAUUUUCUUUUUUAGUUUUUGAAACAAAACUUUUUCUAGAGGAGUUUUUGUGUAGCGACUUGCAUAUAAGAUAGCCAUCAGAACUAGUGGAUGAUGACAUCUUUCAGUUAUACGUAUGGUAUACAUUUUAAUCUGGAUGGGAAUUUUAGUAUUGCUGUAAAUUGCAGAUUAAUAUCAAUGCACCACACCUUCAUAGAAGAAAGGAGAUACUGUAAUAAUUGUCAUGUUAUUAGAUUAUAUUACAUGUAUUGCUUAUGGAUAUAAGAAGUGUUCAUUACGUUUACUUGCUAGUGGCGAUAAACUAGAUUACUGUCUCAGGAUUGGAGUUUCUUUUCUUAAAAAGGUCCAUACAAUCUAGAGUAUUAAUACAUUUUCUUGUUUACAUUUUUAAUGUGCUCAUAUGGCACUAAACUGUGCUGGUUUACAAUAGAUUUGAGCCUCAAGGGAAGAGAAGGUUUGAGGAUUAUCCUUUCAUGUUAUAUAAAUUUAUUUACAAGUAAACAAUGAAGAAUGUAUUACAUGGCUAAAAUGUAAGCAAACAGAAAAGUGAUUAAACAAUUAGAGAUGAUGAUCACUACCAAAUCUAAGUGUGUAGAUACAACACCAUAUGUGUGGAGGGGAUGACAGAUGUAAAUAGAAAGAGUGAAAGGAAAGAGCUAGUCACAGCUGUAUAUAGAACUUAAAGAGUCCUCUUUUCAUAUGGAACUUUAUAUAUGUUACCAUUUAUGUUUGUUUUCAUACAUUGAAAUGGGAGAAUUUUCUUACUAAUGUUCUUAAAAAAAAACUAUUAUAAUAAAGUGUAGAGGGGCACAGGUUAAAACUGACUUGUAUCCCUACAAUUGCUGUACAUUGUGUGCUUUUGAUAGAAAGUGAAUGAACCAUUAUGUCAAAUGAAUCACACCCAUGAAAGACUAUUUCAUUUUUAUUUCCAGUUACAUUUCUUUUUUUUAAAUUGGGAAUAUGUAUUUAUAUUAAAGUUAUUACAAUCUCUAAAGAUAUUCAAGUAUUGUAUUAGUUCGUGCAAUAACCGUGAAUUACGAUUUCAUUCAUUGUCACCCAGCAUUGCCUUACGAAUCCUUCACAAAGCUGGUAGUGAAUUUGUAGUAGCUUUUGAUAAAAGUACCGGCUAUGAAUGUGAUGCCGUCCCUCUUUGGGAAUGUAUAUCAAAGUAGAUGUGUUAUUCUUUGGGAGUAUGUUCCCUGAAUCAUUGGUCUGUACUAGAACCCCCUCUUUGUUCUGAUGGGAAAUUCUUCCCUCCCUCUAUCCCUCAAAAUACUACAAUGGAAUCAAUCAUUUAAUUACUGUAAAACAAUGUACUUUCGGCUAUUUGUUGGUAAAUAGUGGCUUUUCAGGAAUAGUGAACAUAAAACUUAAAGGCAAUUUAAGGAAGCUUGCAUCGAGAAGACAAUUACACCUUUAUGUAAGUUCAUGAUUCUGCAUUGUGAUAUGUAUAUCUUUUUAUUCUCUGGAGAAUACUUGAUAAUCAUUCAUUGUAAACUUGUUUGGAUUAUUUGGUUAACAAGCUUGACAAUAGUAGUAAUACAGUCAAAUAAGGUAUCGGCAAGAUGGUCCGUGCAAAGUUGACUUUCCGUUGAUAGGUCUCGGACCAAAUGAUGUCUUUCUGGAAUUUGGAUCUUGUAUAGGAUAGAUUUCUAGACUUUUAAAGCUCUAUGAGAUGGCUCUGUGGUGCUAUAGUUUCACUGUCUGUUGCUCCAUAUUCAUGGCAAUUUCCUUUGGAAAAUUAUAAAUUUUUUUUGUCUCACUUUCUACUCAUUUCUACUCAUUAUGAUGCUUCAUUUUGGUAAACUUAUAGUGGGAAUGUUAGACAAUAAAAGUAACUGUAUCUCAAAAGGCUUAAUGAUUCUUUAUCUGGAUCAUUAAAGCUUUAUGUUGCUGUAAUUUGAUGUUGUACAGUUAAUAACUUUCUGCCUGUUCAUUAAUGGAAAUAUUUUAAGUCACUUGUGUCAUUACAGAGCUUCUGUCAUUCUUGCAUCUUCAUGCCACUUCACUCAUAGAGCUUUAUUAACCCAGAAUGUAUGGCUGAGUGUGUUAGUACUGAAUUCAUGUUAAACAUUUUCAUUUUUACUAUAUCAGUUGUAUGUCAAUUACCCAGUUAUAUGUAUGUAUGUUGAAAAAUAUCACAGGACUUGAAGUCAGAUGUAUCAGUUUCAUGAUGUUUUUAUACUGCACAAUGAAGAUCACUAAGAAAAUAAAUCCUUUUGUAUGUGUUCUAGUUGACCACAACUUAUUGCUGUUCACAUGAGUGUUUUAUGAUUAAGCGAGUACAUUGGUUGAUGUUCAUAGACAGAUUUAGAAUGUUUUAUUUUUUUAAUGUAAAGUAUUCCUAAAACUUUUUCACUUGAAUGUUCAUGUAAAUAAAAGGCUUCAUGCUUUCAAGGUAAAUGUUACUAUAUUAUGUACAAGUGGGAAAACUUGGUGAAAAGAAUGUUCCAUAACUAAAUGGUAAUUAUGUAAACUGCAAUUUACUGUUCAUGUUUGAUUUUACACUUGGAAGAGAAUGAUUGUGAUAAUGAAGAAAUGGGCACUCUUUGGAGACAGACAGAAGUGAUGAAACAGAUCUGUUAGUGUACAGAAAAAAAAAAUCCCUAUAAUUUUCAGACAGACCUCAAAUCAUCAUAGUUUGCUUUAUGAAUUGUACAUAAAUAUGUUUUUUCCAAUUUUUAGUAUGAUUUUAGGGUGCUGAAGUGUGUGUGCAUCUUAUCAACACAGAAGAAUAAGCGCACAAAGUGCUGACAUAUGCAAACAAUUAAUUCUGUGUAUGUUGCCAUCUGCCCACAUAGUCCCAUCCAUGUUUACACAGGUUGCAGGUUGAAUCAUUGGCGUUAAAAACAUAAUUUAAGUAAAUGUCCAAAUAUUAUCUGAUUUCAAAGAGGUUUUGGAAACAGAGUAGGAAAUUUCAUCAUUCGGUCAUAAAAUUUUUACAGCGCUGCUGUUUUCAGCAUUGAAUGAAAUCUAAAUUUAUCACAAGAACAAUGUAUUUUGACUCUGGUAGUUAAACAAAUUCCUAAUAAUAAGAAUCAAACCAUAUUAGAACUGAGAAUGUUGACUUAGUUUAAACUAUUUAAUCACAGUACUUUUUAUACAGUAAAAUCUAUAUACCACUGGGAUUAACAAUCAUUUAAUUCCAUGAAAAUGUCUCCCCAAUAGCAAGUGGCAAAGAUUUCCCUGAUGAGGUUGUGGGUAAGAAAGUGAACUUUUCAGACUUUGUAAUAGCAAACGAACAUCGUCAGAAACUGCUCAUGAUGCAACUAGAAAGUGUUUUGCCUAAAAUAUAUUUUUGUGUAAUUUGGGAAAAUCCUGCUAAGUAUUAUGUUAUCUUUUGUACUUAUCUUUUUGAAUGUUUCUCUGUAUAUACUGUACAAUACCCUUUAGUCAUGUUUUUCACAGAUAUUGUAACUAUUGUAUCAUAAUUAUUUUGUCUUUCAUUUACGAUUAUUGGUUGGUACCUUGCUAUGCCAUUUGCUUUUUGUGUACUGUACUCAUUUGGGAUUCAUAUCAACUUUCAUUUCUCAGAAACUGUAGAUUAAUGGUAUUGUGCACCUCUCCAGUCAACCUAAGUAAAGCUUCUGUUUCAGUAAGCUACCAUACACCUUAACAUCAUUUUACCAUUGCAGGUGGAUGGGAAAUUUUGUAGUUUUUAUAAAUGGCAAUGUUAUUUUUAUUUCUGCUUUAGCCUAUUUUAAAGAUUUGUUUUUAUCGAAGAGGAAAAUUGUGAUAAAUUGUCCAGUCAUUCUAAUGUGACUUGUACAAUUCAAAUUAGUUAAAUCCUUCAAGUAAUAGUUUUCAUGGGCAUGGAAUAUUACCUGGAUAUUUUUUUCAAGUUCUUUUGCAAAGUUAGAGCGGUUUUUCUUGUAAAUGCCAUUUUAAUCAAAAUAGAUACACUGGGACAUGACAUAGAACAUCAUAUCAUAUAUAUAUGCCAUAUAUACUUAUGAAUUAGAGCAUAUAGCUUAAUGUUCACAUUCCAUAGCUGUCAAGUGGUGUGGAUGUGUCUUCAUAGAUUUAUGUGUGGGUGCCAUACGCACAUAUUACAGCUUCCUUGAGAAACACUCGAGGAGCUUGUUGCUUUUAUACACUUAAAAUAUAUAUUAGGAAAAUU